AUGGCUCUCUCUGCAACAUUUAUCACUCCUUCACCUUCAAGUUCUAACCUUUACUCCAAAAUUCGUAAACCCUUUCUCUCCCACUCUGUGUAUCUUCUUAAACCCCUAAAGAUCCGAGCUUCAGCUACCCUAAACUAUUCCAAUGUCGACAAAUCUUCCCCAUUGAAGACUAGCAACUGGCAGUGGAAAUUCAAGGACAAUUUAGUAAAUGUUUAUUAUGAGGAACAUGUGAAGGAGAGUCAGGAGCCUUCACAAAAUAUCCUGAUGAUGCCAACUAUUUCUGAUGUUAGCACGGUUGAGGAAUGGAGAUUAGUUGCUCAAGACAUUGCUCAGCGGAAUGGCAGUGUCAAUUAUCGCGCAACUAUUGUUGAUUGGCCUGGUCUAGGUUAUUCUGAUCGUCCGAAGAUUGAUUACAAUGCUGAUAUUUUGGAAAAAUUUCUGGUUGAUUUUGUUAAUUCACCAGAUGGUCCGGUAAAACAAUCAGACAAUGAUUUGGUGAUUUUUGGAGGAGGGCAUGCUGCUUCAAUAGUAAUCCGUGCUGCCAAAAAGGGUCUUGUGAAGCCCAAAGCUAUAGCUGCUGUUGCACCAACUUGGUCUGGUCCACUUCCUAUCGUGUUUGGUCGAGAUUCCAGUAUGGAAACAAGAUAUGGUCUUCUAAGAGGCACCUUAAAGGCCCCUGCAGUUGGAUGGAUGAUGUAUAACAUGCUUGUGAGCAAUGAGAAUGCGAUCCAAUCACAGUACAAAUCCCACGUAUACGCCAACCCUGAUAAUGUCACGCCAGCAAUUGUUGAAAGCAGAUACGCACUGACAAAACGGAAAGGAGCACGUUACUUACCCGCAGCUUUCUUGACAGGACUACUAGAUCCUGUAACAUCUCGUGAGGAGUUCCUUCAACUCUUUGCAGAUUUGGAAGGAAAGGUACCAGUGUUUGUUGUAUCAUCGAAAGGGUCUCCUAAAAGGUCUAAAGCUGAGAUGGAAGCUCUUAAGGGAGCUAAAGGGGUGACCAAGUUUGUGGAAGUGCCUGGUGCUCUUCUUCCACAGGAGGAGUACCCUGCUGUAGUUGCGGAAGAGCUUUAUCAAUUCUUGCAACAGUAUUUUGGUUCUGUCGCAUAA